UUAUGUUUAAUUCAUACUCAAACUGAGGGACUAUUUUUGCGAAUUUGACAGUUCCCUUUUCAGUUGAAUACUAAAACCCUACUCCCAAUUGACAGCCACUGUGAAGUUGAAGGGAAGAAACAAUGGAGUUAAACCUUAACAAGAAGAAAAAGCAAAAGACUGAGAACAGCUCAACCGGCAAUUCUGAGGUUUUCGCUUCUUGCUCUUUCGAAAGUCUCGGUCUUCACACUACCUUAUGCGAACAGCUCAAAGAGAGGCUUGGAUUCGAGGCUCCAACUCUUGUUCAAGCUCAAGCAAUUCCUGUUAUACUCUCUGGUCGACAUGUGCUAGUGAAUGCGGCUACCGGAACGGGGAAAACUGUGGCUUAUUUGGCUCCAGUUAUUCAUCAGUUGCAGAAGUGUGAUCCCAGGAUUCAGCGGUCUGAUGGUACUUUUGCGUUGGUUCUUGUGCCAACGCAUGAAUUAUGCAUGCAGGUAUAUGAGAUCUUGCAAAAGUUGUUGCAUCGUUUUCACUGGAUUGUUCCUGGAUAUAUUAUGGGAGGGGAAAGCAGGAACAAAGAGAAAGCUAGAUUGCGAAAAGGUAUAUCUAUUCUUGUUGCAACUCCUGGACGUCUUUUGGAUCACCUAAAAAACACAUCAUCAUUCUCGUACACAAACCUGCGCUGGAUAAUUUUUGAUGAAGCAGACAGAAUUCUGGAGCUUGGAUAUGGUAAAGAGAUUGAAGACAUACUUAAUAUUCUGGGCUCAAAACAACAAAAAUCUGUUGGCAAGGGUAACACAACUUCACAGAUUUCUGAGGUUCAGAGGCAAAAUGUGUUGUUAUCUGCUACAUUAAAUGAGAAAGUAAAUCAUCUCGCGGAAAUUAGUUUAGAUAACCCAGUGAUGGUUGGGCUUGACAAGAAAAUAGAGCUACAAUUAACUCAUCAAGACUCCAAACCAAUGGAAUUUAAUGGGAAUGAUAUAUUAGAAAAAGAUGGCAAACCACUGAGCUCUUCAACUGAAGAAUAUAAACUUCCAGCUCAGUUACUUCAGAGAUAUAUUAAAGUCCCCUGUGGUUCACGGCUUGUAGUGCUUCUUGCAAUUCUAAAACAUCUGUUUGAGAAGGAACCUUCCCAGAAGGUUGUGGUGUUCUUUUCAACAUGUGAUGCUGUAGAUUUUCAUUAUUCAUUGGUGAGUGGAUUUCAGUGGCUCUCUCGUCAGCAAUCAGAUACAGAUGUCAAACAACUGUUUCUGAAAUGCAACACACUUCGGUUACAUGGGAAUAUGAAUCACGAAGACAGAAGAACUACAUUCCAUGCUUUUAAAACAGAAAAAUCAGCACUUCUGCUAUCCACUGAUGUUGCUGCUAGGGGCUUGGACUUUCCAAAAGUUAGGUGUAUUAUACAGUAUGAUCCUCCAGGAGAGGCAACUGAAUAUGUGCAUCGGGUAGGAAGAACCGCUCGUAUCGGUGAAAAGGGAGAUUCUUUAUUGUUCCUACAGCCAGUUGAAACUGAUUACUUGCCUGGCUUAGAGAAACACGGGGUGAUGCUAACAGAGUAUCCCCUUCAGAAACUUUUGGAUAGCUUUCCAUUGUUUGGUAUGAGGUACCACCCGAAGAAUUUUGUUUCAGUAGACACACAUCCCUGGGUUGUUUCUCUGCAGAAAGCAUUGGAAUCCUUUACUUCAUCAGAGUUAAAGAUGAAGAAAAUGGCGCAGAAUGCAUUUUGCUCAUGGGUUCGUGCUUACACUGCCCAUCGUGGUGAACUUAAAGGAAUUUUUAUGGUGAAGAAACUUCACUUGGGGCAUGUGGCAAGAAGUUUUGCAUUGAAGGAGCAGCCAUCUUUGGUUAAUAAAUCCCUCCAAAAACAAACAAAGAAAAGGAUGAGAGACCAGAAACAGAAAAACGUAUCAAAAAAGAGGAAAGUCGGAAAAAGAUGAUGUGAAACAUUUGUUGUCAGAUGAGCUUGUCAAAUUGGAUACGACGAUAUGUACACAAGACAUUUCUGUCUAGCAUGUCCAAUUGUCCUGCGUCUCUACCAAUGGUGCAAGUAGUCUGAUGAGCUCUUAUAUAAUCAGUCAGUUUUUGCGAAGGAAUUAAAGGCAGUACUAUUUGCUGACCUUGAGAUUGUGCUAGCAGCUUGCAAACAUAUGCCCCAUCUGGUGAGAAUGUAUCAGUUCUAACUAUAAGCAGGGGGCAUAUUAUUAGCAUUUUAAUUAUGCCACCAAAAGUUUUGUAUACUCUAGGAAGCCUUGUACCCAAAAUAUUCAAUAUCUUCUAAAGUACAUUUUAAGCAGCUAUAUGUUAUCUGUAUUUACUAGGUGUAUGCAUGGUUUGUGUCCCUUUGUUGCCUAAAACCAAAAUGAGACCAAGAAAUGACGCCAAUUUAGCUUACCAAGGACAUGAAGUAGAGUAGGAGGGUUUGGAGGUCAUGAAUUAGAGAAGGUUAGUAGUAGUUGAAUUUUGACUCACUUCUCGGUGGGUUUAGGCUUGGUGGGAGUUGUGUCUGUAGUAGUAUUAGUCGUAUACAUGUAUUGUAUUUUCAGUUACCGUAUUAUUUUAUUGUGUUCUUUUCUCUGGA